AUGAUCCGACAAUUCAUUUCUUCAGUCGGUUUCUCGGCUCGGGCUCGAUGCUCGAGCGCCAGCACAACCUUGCAGGGCCAGGUCACCCGACAGCCAACAUGGCUCCAAUCUGUACGUCGAUCUCUAGACUGCCGAUAUGACCCCAAGGCCAGUUCUAAUGGAGGCGCGACACAGAAAACAUCUCCGACCAUCCUUCCUAACACACAUCGCCUCUUUUCCUCCACUCCUGCAGUGCCCUUCGCAUCCACCACCCAAAAAUCCUCUUCGCCCUUUCGCCUCUCCUCUGAUAAACAGGAGCGACCUCCCUCCUUCGAUGAUGUCUAUUACAGCCAGUACCAGCCCAAGCGCCAAUGGCCACCGGACAUGUCGAAGCUCUCGCCGAAACACCAGUUCCGCCUCGAGCGCAAAUACCGUCGGCGCGCAGCGCUGAAAUAUGCGCGGCCGAAGUUUAUCAAGACGGUGACUUUGGUGCAAUGGGGCGUUAUUGGAUUUGUCGCUAUCUACGCUGUGCUUUUCAUGGACUGGGAUACAAAGGAUACGCCAUUUGACGGGAUCCGUGAUAGCUUCUUCUCCGGCUUGCGGGGUAUGUUUUCAACUCCCACGCCUCCUGGUCCUGUCAAGAGGUCGUCAGAUGAGAACAACUGA